CUAGGCCCCAGGCGUCCCGGCGGGCUGGGGAGGGAGGCGCUGCCCUCCCGAGAGCCCCAGGGUUCCGGCCUCCGCCGCCGCCUGGGGCUCUCGGGACCGCGGCCUCCUCCCCGCCGUGGAACCCGGGGCCCGGCCUUCCCGCGGCUCGGGAGCGGGAGGCGCGGGAGAGUGCGCCGGGCCCGGGAGCGGGAGGUGGGCGGGCUGCGCGGGACCGAAGCCGCGGCUCUUCGCUCGCCCCCUCGGCCCUUCCCGGCUCUCGUCCGCGGGCGGGCGGCGCGGCGGGGCCGGGCUGGGGCGCAGGAGCCGCUGUCUCCUGCGGGAGAGGAGGCUGGCUCUUUGGGCGACCUCCGAAGCUUCCCUCCUGUCGGGGUGGCGUGGGCUUGUUACCCAGUAGAACUUCAUGGAGGAACACGGAGUGACCCAAACUGAACAUAUGGCUACCAUAGAAGCACACGCAGUGGCCCAGCAAGUGCAGCAGGUCCAUGUGGCUACCUACACUGAGCACAGUAUGCUGAGUGCUGAUGAAGACUCGCCUUCUUCUCCUGAGGACACCUCUUACGAUGACUCAGAUAUACUCAACUCCACAGCAGCUGAUGAGGUAACAGCUCAUCUGGCUGCUGCAGGUCCUGUAGGAAUGGCCGCUGCUGCUGCUGUGGCAACAGGAAAGAAGCGGAAACGGCCUCAUGUAUUUGAGUCUAAUCCAUCUAUCCGGAAGAGGCAACAAACACGUUUGCUUCGGAAACUUCGAGCUACAUUGGAUGAAUAUACUACUCGCGUGGGACAGCAAGCUAUUGUCCUCUGUAUCUCACCCUCCAAACCCAACCCUGUCUUUAAAGUGUUUGGUGCAGCACCUUUGGAGAAUGUGGUGCGUAAGUACAAGAGCAUGAUCCUGGAAGACCUGGAGUCUGCUCUGGCAGAACACGCCCCUGCGCCACAGGAGGUUAACUCAGAACUGCCGCCUCUCACCAUCGACGGAAUUCCAGUCUCUGUGGACAAAAUGACCCAGGCUCAGCUUCGGGCAUUUAUCCCAGAGAUGCUCAAGUACUCCACAGGUCGGGGAAAACCAGGCUGGGGGAAAGAAAGCUGCAAGCCUAUCUGGUGGCCUGAAGAUAUCCCCUGGGCAAAUGUCCGGAGUGAUGUUCGCACAGAAGAGCAAAAGCAGAGGGUUUCAUGGACCCAGGCACUACGGACCAUAGUUAAAAACUGUUAUAAACAGCAUGGGCGGGAAGACCUUUUGUAUGCCUUUGAAGACCAGCAAACACAAACACAGGCCACAGCCACACACAGUAUAGCUCAUCUUGUACCAUCCCAGACCGUAGUCCAGACCUUUAGUAACCCUGAUGGCACUGUCUCGCUUAUCCAGGUUGGUACAGGGGCAACAGUAGCCACAUUGGCUGAUGCUUCAGAAUUGCCAACCACAGUCACUGUUGCCCAAGUGAAUUAUUCUGCCGUGGCUGAUGGAGAGGUGGAACAAAAUUGGGCCACGUUACAGGGAGGUGAGAUGACCAUCCAGACGACGCAAGCAUCAGAGGCCACCCAGGCAGUGGCAUCGUUGGCAGAGGCCGCAGUGGCAGCUUCUCAGGAGAUGCAGCAGGGAGCUACGGUCACCAUGGCGCUUAACAGCGAAGCUGCCGCCCAUGCUGUCGCCACCCUGGCUGAGGCCACCUUACAAGGUGGGGGACAGAUCGUCUUGUCUGGGGAAACCGCAGCAGCCGUCGGAGCACUUACUGGAGUCCAAGAUGCUAAUGGCCUGGUCCAGAUCCCUGUGAGCAUGUACCAGACUGUGGUGACCAGCCUCGCCCAGGGCAACGGACCAGUGCAGGUGGCCAUGGCCCCUGUGACCACCAGGAUAUCAGACAGCGCAGUCACCAUGGACGGCCAAGCUGUGGAGGUGGUGACGUUGGAACAGUGACAUACAGCCAUAUUAUGGCAUCGUUUUGUAGUCUACUUCAAGAUUUUUUACACGUUUGCAGAGGUGCAAUCAAAUGGAAUUAAGUCUCUCGACUUUGGAAGAAAAGUUUUGUUAACCUUUUUUUUUUAAAAGGAAGAAAGGCAGCAGAUUUUGGAAUUGCAUUUUUUAAAGCACCACUCUUGAUUUUCUGGGAUUGGUGGAGUAAGAAACUGCGUUGUCAAUUUCACUGUCCCAAAAAAGCCAAAUUGUGGCAGGACUUCUUUCUGCAGAAAUGUGUGUGUAUACUUAUGUGUGUGUAUGUGUGAGUGUGAAUAUAUGUAUAUGUGUACAUAUGGACAUACACAUUUACAUAUAUGUAAAGUAUAUAUAUAUAUACAUAUAUAUAUAUAUAUAUAUAUAUAUAUGUAUGAAACCCGCAUGGAAUUAUCUGUAUGAAAUCAAGGUGAGCUGUGGAAACAAUAAUUCACCCAGUUUAGUGGGUGGUUGGGUACGUGGCCAGACACAGUCUCCCAGUUUUUGUUCAUACCAGGGUCAUGCGUUGAGCUACUGACAAACUCAGGCGGAGGUGACCAUGCCCUUCACCAAAGCUGCCUCCCAGUGGCCACCCAGAACUCUCUCGGCUGGACUCACCUGAGGAAGGAGUUCCGGCAUGGCAUGGGUCAGAGAUGCGCUUGCAAGGUCCAGGGGCUGCAUGGUCUGCCAGCUGAGACGCUCCUCGGGCUGGCCCAGGUGCUGACCUUGCCACAGGCAGAUGAAUGUCUUGAAAGCUCCUGGGCCUGGGACAAGAGGGUUUUCCUCAGCCUCCCAUCUCCUCUCCUUCCCAGGUAUCCUUCUUGAUCUCAUGACUAUUAAAAUGUUCCUCUGGUUUUAAGGUCAGUCCUGAAUUGGUCGUAUAUAUGAACUGAAGGUAACAAGUAUUAAGGGUUUGAGGAGUGCGUGCGUGUAAGUGUGCUUGUGUGUGUGUAUGCGUGCGUGCAUGGUGGCGGAGAGGAUGGGAAGGGGGUGGGAGGGGUUGGAAGGGAAAGGAAGGAAAGCAGAAUCUUCCUAAACCAGGAUACACCUAUGGGAGCAGUUUUCUCUAGCUGUCUGUAGCUUCACAGAGGAGGCGCUGGAGCUAACAGGAGGGGACACCUGGUCUACAGCCACAGCACCCUAAAUGCCCCUGAUCUUGUGUGAUCUUGGAAGCAGGGUUGGGCCUGGCAGUACGAGGAAGGGAAGAAGGGACACCUGGCUCGUGGAAGGCUGGCCAUCACAAUAGGGUGUGUUAGAAAACAGCUGAGGGCGUUUGCUGUGUUCCCGAAUCAGGCCCUGCUUCUGAAGGGAGGCUCAUCUUCCUGGAUGCAGCUUGGUGGCCCAGGCUGGGAACAGCUUUCCUCCUCGGAGGUGUCUGGGUGUUCUUGGGAACCGUUAACUCUUUCUCAGCUGCAAGCCCUGAGUCUCCAGUGGCUGAAUUCACCUGACUUUUCGACAGGCCAAAUCUCUGCUCUUUGAGUACAGGGACAGCUCCUCCUCCCUCCUCCCAGCUCUCCCCAUGUGUGUGAUCGUGUAUUUAAUGUUUUUUAAAUGCGACAUUAAAAGAUUCUUCACGUCUUGCUCAACCUUUGAGAAAAGUUUCAGAUUCUUGUAUUUGCUUGUUUUAUAUAAAACUAAUGUUCUUUAUAUGUUCUUUUCUGUACGUAAUGGGGGGAGGGGUGGGAAAUUUACAUAUAAAUAGUCCUAGUUCUACAAUUUGUUAUUUUUUUAAUUAUUAUUUUUUAUCGUCAUUGUGAAGUUGUCCAGGGACUUUAAAGUCCGUGUUCCUUUGUGGUGAAAUAACCUCCAAAUAGUUUGAGAAGUUGCCAAGAAGAAAAAAGCAAAACCCCAGUAGCAAAGCAUGGAUUCUGUGUUGUUUUCCAUUCUGUCUUUGACUGCCUCAUUCAAUAAAUAGUUAAAAAUGUGGCAACAGGAA